AUGGCUUCGUGGCUUCACCCCGAAAAGAAAAGCAACCAAAAUCUUCUUCCACCUCUGCGACAGAAAUCAAGAAUACCAGUCAGAGUGACUCAUCUGAGCAGCGAAAGUAAGGGAAGUUUGGAUGAAAAAGCCCUUGUGCAUAGAGAUUCAGACAGAAAACUUCAAAAUAAGCGGCCGUCGCGGAUUCCGAUAGCGGUGGAUGAGAAGAAGAACAAAGAUGAUACUAAAGAAAAUCUACCCGUGUAUGUUAAAAUACAAGGAGAAGAACCUCUUGGAAAACAUUCAGGUAUGUUCUUUUUCCAGCAGCUAGCUAGCUUCAUUCUUUUCAUUCAAGUGUUACGUAUGGCAAUUUAAGAGAUUAUAGAAAACGGUUUCAGGUGAAUGGCUGGAAUAACUCAAUCGAUUGUAUCAUACCAUACACCGUAGGUUUGAUGAACUGAGAUGAAUUGUAUUACAUUUUUACCGAAACCAUGUUAUACAGGGUUGUAAAAAGACAUUGUUUUAAUGUUUUCGAUUUAUAAAAUUCGACGAGUAAGACUUUUUCUUAACUUUAGUUCUUAUCACUGUAGAAAAGAAUGUUACGAGUCGCCAUUUUUUAUUAUUCUGUUUAUUUCUUUAUGCAGCUCUUCAUUUUCACACAUCCUCUUAUACUUUUAUUUAUUUAUUUUCACCUUGAUUUCCUGAUUUAAGUUCAACCCCAGCAUGUAGAGAUUUUGAGCCGUAAAAAAAAAACAAAAACAAAAACAAAACAGGAGAGAGGCCGCUGUACACCGCUCUUAUCAGCUAUCUUGUUUUGUUUCAAUCCACUUGCUCAGUUGAUGCUCGUUUGCACAAACUGGAGGCAGAUUCCUACAUUUAAAACUUCAUGACAUUUUCUGAGGAAAUUACAUGUUAGUGAGUGAUUUUUGUCAGGAGGAACUAACAAGUGAUUUUUAUACGAUCACAGGUAUUAAGCUAAAAGAUACUCAAGGAAAAGAGGAAAAGAAAAAAGCAAGUACCAUUUCUUCGACCGCAGCUAAAUAUGGCAGUUAUAGGCGUGCUAAAGAAACGAUGCCAAACGUCAGGCGGCGAAUACCACGACAACUUACACCCUUAGAGACAGACUCGAAACAGGUGAAUCUAAUAAAAAUCGAUGAUUUGAAGUGAGACAGCGAGAAAACCUUUUCAUGAGCAAAUAACAUAGGUGAAAGACUUCGUAAUAAACACCGUCUCUCUGGAGGACGUGGAAGUUAACUUGAAUUUACGUUUCUGAGAAGAAAAGUGAGAACGCCAAAAAAAGAAUAGUGCAUCCUAAUUAGGACUCAUGACCACUGCGUUUGUCUCGGCCGGUUGACACUUUACUUUUAAAUAAACAGGUCUGCAGCGAUGAGAAAGAACCACGAGAAGAAAGCUCGGCUAGUGAGGUAUCAUCCUCAGCCAGAACAGAAGAUGUCACGCCAGAUUUUGAAUGUAACGUUGCACCUGUGCUCGAGGAAGAGCUCCGUAUCGGGGCCGAAGCAGAUUUCAGUGGCAGUGAGUUUGGCGACGACUUUGAACGUCACUCAAAAUCUAGCGACGAAAAAGCAAUGCCUAACGUACCCCCAUGGCUAAGAGAGGAGUGCAAGUUAGUAUUCAAAUAACUCAUUUUGUUGUUGUUGUCUUUCUCUCUUUUAUUUACACUUCUUGCGCCAGACUUCGAGAGGUCGGCGCGGCGCGCAAACAUCAAUUUUUUUUCGCUGACUUUUUUUGUUUUUACUCGUGCAACGGACUUCACAGAGAAAGAGAGUCUGCGUAGUCUUUUCAUUUGCAGUCAGUGAACUCUUGUUUAUGAAUUUCACGUUUUGAGGCAAGUAAGGAAGUGUAUGCGCGUGAUACCAUUUAAAAUCUGUAAACUGUAGACAAAGAAAUCGCAGAAAGUAAAGCCGGAAAACUGAGCGAAUUCAAGCCUUUGCGGCGUCUGAGCUCAUUGUUUCACAACAAAUGAUAUCUGGGCAUCAAGCCGAGGGCUCGAUCCUCGUCGAAGCCUAAAAUAAUUUUUUCAGGCUUUUUUUGUGCGAUCAAUUUGUCAUUUAUCACCUACAGUUCAUUUGGUAUUUCAUACUUCUUAGAUAUAGAACAUAUUUCCAAAAAUAACAAAGCAUAAUUUGACACUAAAGGAAAUAAUGCGAAUUGUGGAUUUCUGGAGGUUUCUAUGACUCAAGAUAGUAGUAAAAUUGGCGGCCUACGUUAUCCUUUUUUGGUUGAGAAAACGAUCCCAAAUUUUUCAAAGCCUCAAGGUUUUGCUCAAUAUUGAAAGUUGUAAUUUUCGAGAUACCCGUUUAUUUUGUUUAUGAAGCGAAUUCUUCAUUCUAAUGACCAAGAUUCCUUGAAGGAGUUGACUAUUAGAGACUUCGAUUUAGUUGAUCAAAAUAAAUUUAUUUUAUGCAGGAAGAGAGAAGAAAUCACCCUUAACAAAAACAUCGUGAAGGAUGACACCGCCGUCACAAACGCGGCACAAAAUAUCAGGCUUGAACCAGAGCUUGAUACAGAGGACAAAGUGGACAAAUGUGGUUUGAGCGAGGAAGAGUUGGACUGUAGUUCUUUCACUGAGUCCAGCGGAUACAAAAGGAAAAUGGCUGAGCUGGACGAAAAAUCCAGACGGCUCAAGGCACAGUUUGCAGAGGAAAACAGACAGGCUAUCGAAUCUAUGAACAAGAUCGUAGAGGAGAUCAAACAGAGCCAGGCAAGGGAAGAUAGCAUCACAAAUGAGAUACAGGAGAUGAGACAGAGACAGGAUGAAAUAAAAGACGAUCUUAAACGCCUUGAUGAGAUUGGCCAAAGACGAGAGCUCGAGGAUAAAAAAUGGAGAGAGAGGAUGGAAAAGAAAAAGAAAAAGGUCGCACGUAGACUGGAGAAGAUAAGAGCCGAACGACGUAAAUAUCAAGAAGAGACAGCUGAUGAAGACGGCUCAACAGAAGAGCACGAACAACCGGAUGAGAAUUUAAAUGAAAAUCGAGAAGGGGAGAAAUGCAAACAUGUCACCAUGGAGAACAAAACUGUUGUCAGCGAAGAAAUUGACGACAACAAAGUGCUAUAUGAGCCUCACGAGAUCAAAGAGUACAAAAGUGUGAAGGAGUUGGAAAAGAAGCGGAAAAAACUAAGACGGUUGGAGAGACUGGAAAAGAAGGCAAUUAAAAGAGAGAAGUUAGAACAAAGAGAACGAAAGAAGAUAGAAAAACAAAAGCGAAAAGUUGCUCGCAAACUUGAGAAACUCUCAGGUAAGACUUCAAAGAUUUCGGAAGGAACCUCAGAAGCUUCUAAAUGUAUAAAUCAGCCCAUGGAGGCUUCGAAUACUACGACGAAGGAGAACUUCGAUGAAACACCGAGAGUGAGUAAAAGUAAACCAUGCACCGAUAAGACUUCAGAUGGGAAAGAGUCCAAGCAAGUCCAAGCAGCUCAUUUUCCUGGAUUGCCCACCAAUGGAGUGGAGGUUGAGAAAAUUGAAGAGAAAUUGGCUGAAGUUGAAAAUAAACAGCAUAUAGCUUCAGAUUCAGGCGCACCCGCUAAAGUAGGAUGGGAAAAAGAGUCUUACAGUGACGCCGCGAAAAAAAAGGAGAAAGCAUGUGACUAUCUUGACGAACAGAUAAAGAGAAUCGAUGACAAUACUGAUGCCGAAGUAGUGUCCGCGGGGAGAGAAGACACACUAGACGAUAUAUCUAUCGAAGAACUUGGGUUGGAACAGGCGCUAAACUUCGAUCAAGAAAGAAAAGGUGAAAUUCAAAUGGAGCCCGAAAAUAGAGACUCCCUCUCGGACAACUCUGGAACAGUUUUAUCAAGGACUGGACGUCAAGAACCCUUCAGACAAGAAAAAGAGAAACGCCCUCAGGGCGAACCUGUUGCAAUGAGUCACGUAAGCAAUUUCCCUUCGCCUGAUUGCAGCAAACACGAUGAAUAUCGUGCAGCAGACGAGCCUGUUUACGAAGAUGUCUCGGUUUCAAACUGCGAAAAAAACAACGGCUAUGGCGAUUAUAAGCGAGACCUUUUCAGCAGCUUUAGCCCAGUCACUGAUCAGACAUCUCCGCUGACACGAAAGACGUCAGGCAGAUUUACAUCGUUUGACCUGCAGCCGUUGUGUCGCUCACCUGAGAUGGGAGAGGAAAACCCAGUACUGGAAGACUCGCACUCGAAUGUCAACGAAUCAUUGGACAGCGAACACACUAGCCAAAAUUAUAGAAACGAGGAGGUCCCUCUACAACUAGAAAACAGAUCAACCGAAAACAAAGAAAAUAGUGGCGAGGAUCAGUCGCAGUUAAUGAGCAAAGGAAGCCAUAACCAUAGCGAUGAAACACCAGAGCAAGUGAAGUGUCCAGUCACCUACCAAACUGCUCCACUGACAAGAAAGGUCUCAGAAAGGUUUACACCGUUUUGCCUACAGCUGUUGUGGCACUCACCUGAGAUGGCAGAGAACAAUCUAACAUCGGAAAAUUCGGACUCUAUCGUCGACGAAUCAGUUGAGAGCGAACACAUUGACCAAAAUGACAGCAACGAGGAGGUGCCUCAACAGCUCGAGAAAAUAUCUCCCGAAAACAGAGAAAACGAUAUCCAGGAUCAAUCGCAGUUGAUGAGAGAAGAGAGUCAUAGUCGUAGUGAUGAUACAUUCGAUUUAGUCAAUCACAGAGUCACUAACCAAACUACACCCUUUACACCGUUUGCUCUACAGCCGUUUUGUUGUCUACCUGAAGAGGCAGAAGAUAAUCAAAUAUUGCAAGACACAGAUUCUACGGUCGACAAAUUAGUAGACAGCGAGCAUAGCAAUAAAAAGUAUAGUAACGAGGAGGUGCCUCAACAGCUCGAAAACAGAUUCGCCGAACAAGAAGUCGAGUCAAAUAAAGAUGAUGCCAACCAUACGACCUGCAGCGACAUUCUCGAAGGUUUUCAGGGGACGCUUUCCGAAAGUAGAGUUCCCUGCCCAGAUGACAAAACUGAUAAAGAUACUGACUCUGAAAUAAGUUGCGGUGAAGAAACUCGCCGUUUAUUUAAGACGGACCCGUUCGCCAAUUUCGUCAAAGAAGCCGGCGAUGAAAGCCGUAACAAAAAGGCGCUAACUGAGCUAAUACAAGAAGAGCUGAUAUCUACAUUGGAGAGUCCAGCUAAAUGCUCUUUAGCAGUCGAAAAUGGAAACAACAAUGAGAGACCUUUAAAAGGCGAGGGGAGCACUAGUCACAAAGACGAUAUUUGCGAUCAAUUUAAGGACAGAGACCAAUUUACUAGCUCGUCUUUUCACUCACCUGAACUAGGAGCAGGCAAUGAAAAGUUGGAAGUUACGGCCUCUACAACUAACCAAGUGGAGGGUAAUAAAGAAAGCGAACGUGAGCGACCUAACUUGGAGGACUCAUCUUAUAUGACUACAAACAACAUAAAGUCAUAUAAUGACGCUAACGAUACAUCCUGCAACGAUAUCCCUGAAGAAUUAGAAGAGAUACUUUUGGUAUCAGGGGUGUCCUCCUAUACGGAAGAAGAAAGCGUUUACGAGACGGACGUGCAUGUAAUUUGUAAAGAAGAAGAUAGUUGCACCUCUAGCUCUGACGCACUAUCUACCUCCUGCCGUGGUGAUAUCUCGAUGGGAGCCUAUGAGACCAACACGGAACGCAGAAAAGAAAACGUGUUAAGCGAUGGAAGUGGACAAAUGUACAACGUAGAUGAUAUAAUUGACGAUACAGAAACAGCUGUAAUCCCGGAGGAAUUUAGAUUUAAGAACCGUAACUCUUUCUCGGAAGAACAAAGUGAACAUGGGCGCUUAGAGAUAGAGAACACAUUAUUAGCUUGUAACUACGAAAAGGAGCCUCAGCAACUCGAAAAAGAAUUGGCUGAAAAGGAAGACAAGUCCUGUAAUGAUGUGGACGAUACAGUCUAUAGUGAUAGACCCAAAUGGAUAGAAAUGGGGCAUACACGAGCUUGCAGGGAAAUAAAAACUACUCCAGAUAACUCGUCUUUCGUCCAAAAUGAUGACAAAACUAUAGAGGGAUUAAAGAACAUCUUUCAAACUGGCGAGAAGCAAAAGAUGACUGAAAAUAAAGAAAAUUAUUGGAAAGAAGCCGAGGUCCUCGCUAAAUAUUCAGAUGCCUCGUUCGAUGACAAAAAAGGAAGUCUUUCUUCGAUUGACGACAAAGGCGACUCCGUCCUACAACAACACAAAACAAAAUUAUGCAAAAAACGAAAGAAGGUUUCCGAUGACAUGGCAAAAGUUUCUUUGGACAUAGAAAAUUCGAUUGAGGACGAGUUUAUUGAUGACUUCGACCGUUUCCUUGAUGAAGUUGAGGAAGAUAUAUUAACAGAGGAAAGCAUGUCUCAGAUUUCACACAGUGUUGAGAAUGAAGACGAUGAGAAAAAUGUUGAUGAAUGCAGUGCUUUGCCAAGUCACGAGCGAUCGGUAGCGGCAGUCGUAAACACUUAUGAAAACUUAUUCCAGUCGUUUAGUUGUUCACCUGAAGAGGCAGAAGAUAAUCAAAUAUUGCAAGACACAGAUUCUACGGUCGACAAAUUAGUGAACAGUGAGCAUAGCAAUAAAAAAUAUACUAACGAGGAGGUGCCUCAACAGCUCGAAAACAGAUUCGCUGGAAACGAAGUCAAGUCAAAUAAUGAUGAUGCCAACCAUACGACCUGCAGCGACAUUCUCGAAGGUUUUCAGGGGACGCUUUCAGAAAGAACUGCUCCUUGCUCAGAUGACAAAACUGAUAAAGAUACUGACUCUGAAAUAAGUUGUGGUGAAGAAACUCGCCGUUCAUUGAAAACAGACCUGUUCUCCGAUGUCAUCAAAGAAGCCGGUGAUGAAAACCGUAACAAAAAGGCGCUAACGAAACUAAUACAAGAAGAGCUGAUAUCUUCAUCGGAGAGUCCAGCUAAAUGCUCUUUUGCUGUCGAAAAUGGAAACAACAAUGAGAGGCCUUUAAAAGGCGAGGGAAGCUCUAGCCACAAAGACGAUAUUUGCGAUCAAUUUAAGGACAGAGACCAAUUUACUAGCUCGUCUUUUCACUCACCUGAACUAGGAGCAGGCAAUGAAAAGUUGGAAGUUACGGCCUAUACAACUGACCAAUUGGAGGGUAAUAAAGAAAGCGUACGUAAGCGACCUAACUUGAAGGACUCAUCUUAUAUGACUACAAACAACAUAAAGUCAUAUAAUGACGCUAACGAUACAUCCUGCAACGAUAUCCCUGAAGAAUUAGAAGAGAUACUUUUGGUAUCAGGGGUGUCCUCUCAUACGGAAGAAGAAAGCGUUUACGAGACGGACGUGCAAGUAAUUUGUAAAGAAGAAGAUAGUUGUACCUCUAGCUCUGUCGCACUAUCUACCUCCUGCCGUGGUGAUAUCUCGAUGGGAACCUAUGAGACCAAAACGGAACGCAGAAAAGAAAACGUGGUUAGCGAUGAAAGUGGACAAAUGUACAACGUAGAUGAUAUAAUUGACGAUACAGAAACAGCUGUAAUCUCGGAGGAAUUUCGAUUUGAGGACCGUACACAUUCUUUCUCGGAAGAACAAAGUGAACAUGGGCGCUUAGAGAUAGAGAACACAUUAUUACCUUAUAACUACGAGAAGGAGGCACAGCAACUCGAAAAAGAAUUGGCUGAAAAGGAAGACAAGUCCUGUAACAACGCCGACGAUGCAGUCCAUAGUGAUAGACCCAAAGCUACUCCAGAUAACUCGUCUUCAGUUCAGAAUGAUGACAAAGCUAGAGAGGGAUUGAAGAACAUCUUUCAAACUGGCGAGAAGCAAAAGAUGACUGAAAAUAAAGAAAAUUAUUGGAAAGAAGCCGAGGUCCUCGUUAAAUAUUCAGAUGCCUCGUUUGAUGACAAAAAAGGAAGUCUGUCUUCGAUUGAUGACAAAGGCGACUCCGUCUUACAACAACACAAAACAAAAGUAUGCAACUUUGAUUCGUUGAAUGACAAAAAACGAAAAAAGGUUUCCGAUGACAUGGCAAAGUUUUCUCCAGACAAAGAAAAUUCGAUUGAGGACGAGUUUAUUGAUGACUUCGACCGUUUUCUUGAUGAAGUUGAGGAAGAUAUAUUAACAGAGGAAAGCAUGUCUCAGAUUUCACACAGUGCUGAGAAUGAAUGCAGUGCCUUACCAAGUUACGAGCGAUCGGUAGCAGCAGUCGUAAAUAUUUCUGAGUAUUUAUUCCAGCAAGAGUUUUCUAAGGCUUUGGAAACUACUAUACCUGACAGUAAGAAAGAGUAUACAUCGCAAUCGGAAAAGUCUUCAGAGGAAGAACUCGAACUGGAGAAAAGGAAAUAUUUGGCGAAAGAUGUCUACCGAUCAGAAGAUGUUGCUGAGUACAGAUACGUCAUUGGAAUAGCCCUUGACAAGUUGAAUCAAAUAAACUCAGUGUUAACAGACUCGGGAGAACAGUUCCUUGACAGGAGAAUAGAACAUGGACGUUGCGCCGUACACGGGGAUAUCGACUCAGGUACAAGGCUACUUAACAGUAUUGAUGUACUCAAUGAUAACGUUAAAGGCGCGGUGAAAGAUUUCAAACUUGCAAUUCAAAUGACUGAGGUAGAACCAAAGUUCCACAAAGAAAACGACGUGGUGAAACUUGGACAAAUUAGAAAGGAAAAUACCGAGCUUGAAAUACAGAUAAGCGUCAUUAAGGAGGAACUUGAGACGUACCAAAAGAGGAUAGAACAUUUGCAGGCUGACCUGGAUGAGAGCAAAGAUGAAGUAAGGCGACUGCAGUUAAGGGAAGAAUACAAAGAAAGGGAGCUGUCAAAUUUAAAACGUGAUAUUCAGAGCAAGGAGCGAAAAUGGGAAGAAGGAAAUGAAACCGUGGAAAAGGUUAUGGGGGAUAUAAAAGAAUUAUGGGAUGAUGUCGAUUUCUUGGAGGAAAGCUUAAAGAACAGUCAAAAAAGCAAUGAAGAUCUGAUGUUUCAGGUUGAUGAGCUGAAGAAAACGAUAAAGGAAAUGAAAAAGGAGUAUUGGAUGGAACAUAGUCGCGGUGGGUGCGGGCAUCUACGCGAAGAAGUAGAAUUAUUAAACGGAUCCCUAGAAUUGAAGGAACAGCGAUUAGUUCUGUUGGAAGGACAACAGGCUAGACAAUUUUCUCAGCACGCAGUAAAGGAUGAAGAAUCGAGAGAACUUAAAGACGAAAAUUUGAGAGUAGUCAGCAAAUUGGAAGAUCAGCUUGCAAAACUUAGCAGAGAAAAUUCAGCGCUCACUACGGAAUUGUUAAAAGUGUCAGGGAAGGACGAUGAAGUGGGUGAAGUGAAGGAUGAAACGUCGAGCAUUAUUGAACAUCUCAGGAAAGUAAAAGUUGAGUUAGGCCAAGAAAAUUAUAUGCUAACAUCAGAACUAUCACAGGCACUGGUGGAAAAUGAAUCUUUGAAGAAAGCAAACGGCCAAGUGUCGAACAUGAUGAGGCAAUUUGAAGAUGAGCUUGCUAGGCUCAAGAAAGAACACUCCAUGACAGAUCUGCGAGCUGCAUCAGACGAGAAUAACCGUUGGAAUGAGAUUAAAGAAGAGACGUUUGGUGUUGUGCGUCAACUUGAAAAUAAAAUUUCGAGACUUCUGGAAGAAAACUUAACCAUAGCCGUGAAAUUGUCGGAGGAAUCAGAACACAAGACACAGUUAAACGAGCUAAAAUAUGAAACAACAAAAACGAUUAGCGAUCUUAAUGAUGAAAUUGCGAAGUUGCAAAGGGAAAAGUCCAUAUUGUCCUCGGAACUAUCAGCAAAGGAAUCAGACAAAAAUAACCAGUUGUAUGAGUUAAGAUGUGAAAAAUGGAAGAUUGAAAGAGAACUUGAAGGUGAAAUCACAAACUUAAGUCGCGAAAACUCCACUUUGACCGCGAGACUAUCAAAGGCAUCCGAAACGAAUGACAAGCUCAAAGAACUGAGAGAACAACUGGUAGCUUUAAGCUGUAACAAUAGCGCUCUUAAAGAAGAGUUAAUGAAAGCUAAAAAUCGUUCUGCGAAAGAUUUGGAAAGUGUUCAUAAUGAUAACUGUGAAUUCGCUCAAGAUGAAAAGUGUUUAAGUGGAGGCCAGAAAAAGAAAAGCCCUGAAAUCAAAGUUUUAAAGAAACGCGUCCGUCGAUCUGAACGUGAACUUGUUAUAUUAAGGAAAUUCCUUCGACAAAGGGGUCUUGACUUUGGAGAAAGGCUAACACGCGUUGUUGAUGGAGAUGUAACAAGUACAGGCGACGAGGAAGUGAGUGCAACGGACACUUUGCAUCUUUCUCGAGAAGUCAGGCUGGACGAAGGUAAAAAAUAUAAAGUGCAAGAAACGGAAAAAACCAUCAGAGAUCUCCGACAAACUCUGCAGCAGACGGAACGUACUUUGGAACAUACAAACAGUGCUUUGAGAUUGAAGACAGAGAAAACAGAUAUUUUAGAACGCUGCUUGAAGGAAAAGGAAGAAAUGCUCCAGAUGAAAAGCCAACAGAGCAAGCAGGACAUAGAGCAGACCGAAGGAACUUUGAGAUGGCAGAAAGAAAGAACUGAGGAACUUAAGGUUCAGUUGAAAAAUCUAACUGAGGCGGCGGAGGCUUUCAUGAAAAGUAAAGCAAAGGAGGUGGAGGAAGCUUACUGCUGUAUCAAGGAGCAAGAUGAGACGAUAAAAAAUUUACUCAAAGAGAUAAGGCAGGAAAGAUGUGAGAAGGACCGCCGCGUAUUACAGUCUGAAAGAAUAGGAGAACUUGAGACUCAGUUGCAAAGAAUGGAAGAAAUGAAAAGAAGCACAGUUCACCGAAUUGAUGCCUUGGUGCUCGAAGUGAGGAAACAACGUUCAGAAAAAGAGCGUUUAAAAAGGGUCAUAGAAGUUAAAGAGUGUACUUGUUGCGAAGACAAAGACCUUAUGAAGAUAACUGAAAAUCAAGAGAAUCAGUUACGCAAGAGGGAUGACCUGACAGAUGCCACUCUCACUUCUUUAAACAACAACAAGAGGUCACUACAGGAAGCUAAUGGCACUAUCGAUAUGCUACACAAACAGUUGGAGCGGGAAAAGUCGGAUAAAGAGAAUCUGAGAAGGGCCUUGAAGGCGUCAGAGUAUGAUACUAAUGAAAGUAACAGAUUGAAUCAGAAAAUUGAAAAACUAGAGAACCAACUACAAGAGAUGGAUGAUCUACGGGAAAAUACUUUACGGUCUCUUCAGGGAAAAGAAUGGUCGUUAGAAGAGGCUCGUAAUAAGAUCAAAGAAUUAACACGAGAAAUAGCACGAGAAAAGUCGGACAAAGAGUAUUUCAAGAAGAAAGUCGAUGCUGGAGAGAAUACCUCUAAAGGGGAGAGAUUACUAUUGGAGAAAACAGAGAAGAAGCUACGAAUAAUGAAUGAGAGGCACGACAGGGCACAAGAAUCUCUUGAGGCUAAAGAGCAGAAAUUGAAUGCAAUGCACAAUGGAAUUGAGAGAAAAGACAACAAAGUCAAGAAAUUAAAGAAAGAACUCCAAAGGGAAAGGUCUAAGAAACGAAGUCUUAGAAAGGCGAUGGAAACAACUAAAUCUAAUGCUCAGAAGCAGAGGGAGCUAUUGGCUGAGAAAGAUAACGAAGUGGACAAACUGAAAGAGUUAGUUUAUGAUUACAAGGAAAAGGUUGAAAAACUCAACAUUAACUUGACAAAGCUUAGAAAGGAGGUUGAAAUCGCCAGAGAGCUCCUGGCUCAUAGGAAUUUUGAGAAUGACAAUUUGCUGUCCCCACAGGGAAUAGAACAUAAUCGCCUGAAGCUCGUUAAAAAAGAGACCAUCAGAAAAGCAGAGCAGACGGGUUGCCUAAUGGCACAGGUGGGAAAAGGGCUGAGGAACUUGGUUCAAAGACAAAGAGAAGUGUACGCAUCGAGCCUGAUAAUGAAGAAGACGGAAGCCUAUACAGCUAGUGUUGUGGAAAAAUUGAGAAAAGAUUUGAAUGAUAGAGAAGAAUCCGUGAAAUACUUCAGGAGUUGUUCUCAAGACAGUGCUAACGAAUGCUCGUUCAUGCGACGGCUGCUUGAAGAUAUUCAAUGCGAAAAUGCUCACCUCAAACGGUGUCUGGGAGACAAGGAUGAGAAAGUAAGAAUGCUCGAAACAAUUGUCAAACAACUGGAGGAAGAUCUUCAAAAGACGCAAAAGUAUUUAAAAGAAAAGGAAGUCGGGUUUGUUGACGCAAAUGAAACCCUACGAUUGAAAUGCUCGCUUCUCACAACCAUAGAGGCCAAAUUAUGUUUAAGGAACAAAGAGAUGGACGAAUUAACACAAGAAAACGAGGAGAAAAGCUUAGAGCUAACUCGCAUCGAGACUACCCUUAGAGAAGUGAAAAAAGAGUUAGAUAUUGCUGCAUCCAUCAUCGAGAAGCAAAAUGAACAAUGUGCUAACCUUAAGAAUUGUGCAAUGAGAAAAACCCGAGAUGCGGAAGAGAUGCAUGACGAAUUGAAACGCUUGUCAACUCAACUUGUAUGUAGCAAGGAGGAGAAGUGUAACCUUCACAGAGCAGUGUUAGCUGCCACAUCGCGCUUGGAAUACGAGAGGUUUUUCGCAGAAAGAAAACAGAAAGCUCUACAGGUGGAAGUGAAGAUGGGUUUGAAAGAAUUCAAUACCAAAAGUAAACAGUUUUGGGAUAUGAAGAUGGGCCUUCGGGAGGCUGCGGCUCGGAUCUCUGUACUUGAAGAUGAAAAGGAAGAGCAAGAGGAAAACUUAGCAGCCUUUAAAGGAAAAGUAUCACGAGAACUUGACCUAUUAAAGGAGACACGGCAUGGGGGAAAUGAAGAGUCGAGUUCGCUUCAGUUGACGAUUGGUUCAGCAGAAAGUGAGAUAGCCAAGCUGACAAAGGAGAAUCAAAAGCAGUUCAGGAUUGAGUUACUGCACAAUGGGCUCGAAAACAAGUCUUCUGAGUCGUCAUAUGAGGUAGGAUAUUUUCAUUGCUAAGUGCAAGACGCAAGAGCGAGUAAGAACGACCCGAAAGCGCGAGACGAUUAACACGAAAACUAACUAAAUUCUGCUGUUAAGUUAUAUUUUUUAAGUGUUCAGAUUUAAUUAACAAGGCGGAAAUUGUGGCACGCACGUUUUUUAAACAUGCAAUUCAUUUUUGUUCAUAUCAUCUACAGGAAAGCACCUUUCGCACCCGAGAAACCACGAGAGGAAAAGCUUUGGCAGCCAGUAGUCAGGGAGACACUCAGAGUAAAUGGUCAGUGAUAUUCUAUCGUAACUAAAGCGUUAUAAUAAAGUUUUUGGUAAAGUUGCAAAACCCGUGACUUUUUCCAGCUUUAUUGUUAAUUAUUCAAACAUUUCACCGAAAAACAAGCUAAACAAAAUUUAGGAGGUCUUGGAACCUGACGCAUUCCAUGAUUAUUACCAAUGCCAUAAUGCUGGGAUACUCAUCACGCAUUAACCAUUGUCAGAUAAUGCGAUUACCUUCCAAGGUAUUUCCAUAAUUUCCCCAGGUUUUCCCUGUCAUCUUUUAUUGGGCGAUUUGAUAAUUAAAAUGUUUCCUACUUUUCAAUGCAGGGUGAAUAACUCCAGAUUUGAGAAACGUUUUGAAACAAGGGGAGAUAAUCGUUUCAACCGCACUGGUACUAUCACAGCUCGUGGAUCAUCUAAUACAGUUUCGAUCCUCCUCUACAAUGGUUAA